AUUUAAAGCUCCCACUGGUUUUACUGAAAAUUUGAGUGGGCUCAGUUUCUGCAGCGCUUUCUUCCACUGCAAGAUGAACACCAUUCUGCCUUGCCAAGACCAGUACUUUGUAGGAGGCCAGAGCUAUAAUUGCCCGUAUUCCACUACAACGUCAGAAUCUAGUGUUGACGUUUCCACGGAGACUUGGGUCUCUUUCUGGGCUGCUGGUCUCCUGGACAACAGAGAGCUCCAACAAGCACCACAGGCACAGGAAUCAUUCAGUGACUCAAAUUUUCCUCUUCCGGACUUGUGCUCCUGGGAAGAGGCUCAGCUCUCCUCUCAGCUCUACAGAAACAAGCAGCUGCAAGAUACUUUGGUGCAAAAGGAAGAAGAACUUGCUAGAUUACAUGAAGAGAAUAAUCACCUCAGACAAUACCUGAAUUCUGCUUUGGUUAAAUGUCUUGAAGAAAAGGCCAAGAAGUUGCUGUCAUCUGAUGAGUUCUCCAAAGCAUGUGGAAAAUUCAGAAAGGGAAAGAGAAAAUCCAAAGAGCAAAGAUACUCUCCUUCUGAGACUCCUCAUCCCAAAAAUGCCAAAAGAAACCUCUCUGGUGAAUUUGCUAACUGUGAAGAACAACCUGGGCCCCCUGUGGAUCCCUGGGUUCUUCAAACACUUGGGUUAAAAGACCUUGAUACCAUUGAUGACACCUUAUCAGCUAACUACAGUGCCCUCUCAUCUCAUCCCAGAAGAUUUGCCAGCACAUUUUCCCAGUUUCCGGAUGAUGCAGUUGAUUAUAAAAAUGUCCCCAGAGAGGAUAUGUCAAUUGACUACAGAGGUGACAGAACAACCCCCUUGCAUAGCACUGCUACUCAUGGAGAAGAUUUCCACGUCCUUUCUCAGCUUUCAAAUUCCCCAGUGGGGCUGAAGACUCUUCCUUACUAUACUGCUAAUGUGUCACCCAACAAGACAGAGAUGGCAUUUUCCACAUCCCUGAGCCCUCAUUGUAAUGUGAAAACUCAUUCCUUCCACCAGGGACAAGCCUUCGUGCGUCGAGAUGAGGAGGGAGGCUGGAAGUUUACCUGGGUCCCUAAGCAGUCUUAGUGACCCCUCUUUUACCACAAAGCACUGCCAUGAACUCUGUUUACAAAGACCUCUCUUGCACUUGAAUUUGACUAUGUGAAACAGAGAAGCUAUUGCUUAGACUGUCUCCUGCCAGUUUAAAUGUCACUCUCAAUUACUCACUUAAAUCUGCAGGGCAUGGCUUCCACGAAUCCGUAUGAAACAUAUCCUCGCGUCUUUCACCUAAAUUUGACUUGUUUACACACCAAUACCUGCUACUGACGUUCCUUCUUUGCCCUAUACUUGAAAAGGUAUUUUCCAUUUACUUCCAUAUUUUUUAAGACCUAGAUACAUUUUUCCAAUUAUAGCCAGUUUAACCUAUUUUCGUCUUUUAAAUAGUUGAAAUAUCACAGCCCUUUUACUUUUCUCCCUCUUUGUCAUUUCUGAAAACUGCCUGUAGAAUGAGCCUUAUUUUUACUUCAAUUACUUGCCACUGCAUAUUCAAAUAGCUUAGGGUGGGGUAGAAACAAGUGUCUUUGCCCAUCACCGAUACUACUGAAGACAUAAUAUGGAUGUGUAUAAUGUUAUGUUCAUGGCAGUUCAAAAAGUUCAGCACCCCACGGUAGCAUUGACAGUCUCUUAAAACAACUGUAACUCCACUAAGAAGCAAUAUCACAGAUAUACUUUAAAAUUACAAAGAACUUAAAUUAUUUUUAAAUGCCUCAUGGUGUAUCAGUUUCUAUAUGUACCCGACAUUGUUUCUUUAACCAACAUGGCUCCAAGAACAUUUUGAGGGACUGUUAAUAAAACUAGCCAUCAUCUGAAACUACCCAGAUGCUGACAAACUCCUAUUGCUGAAAACAGACUAACCUAGUUCAGCCAUUGCCUCAUUCAUUCAUUCAUUCACAUAUUCAUUUUUUCAUUGAUCACUCCUCCUAAGAUAUCUAGAAUACCUAAUGCAUGCUUUGUACCAAGCACAAUGCUACGUGAUGAUGAUAAAAUGCAAGUGAUUUAGACACUGUGGCCACCAUCAUGAGACUUAGACCGACUCAUCUGCUAUGACUUUGAGAAAAUGACUUCCCUUUUGUGAAGGUUUAGUUUCCAAGCUGUAGAAUGCAGAAGCUGGACUAGAUAAUAACUAAUAUUCUAAGAAUUGAGGCUGGGUCCUAUCAGCUUUACUCCAACAUGGCAAUUUCAGGUCAUUGAAGAAACUGAAGAGAAGCCUUUAGAUAGGCACUGCAAAUACCAUGUAAGGUGAACUUAUGUACAAUUAAUAACAAUGAAAAAUAUAAGCCAUUUGAAGUUAACAUUAGAAAUCUUUGCUCUGAUCACAUCUAGUAAGAGUCCAUUUUGCAGUUAACUCAGUCUAACAAUGUGCAAAUAAUUUUCAUCUAAAAAUAGAUACAUAUUAAUUUUUUAAAUAAGUGUGGAUAGAUUGAAUGUAAAUAUUGACAUCAAGUACUUAAUAUUUCUAAAUUUGAAACAAUAUAUUUUUCGUGCUUAUGCUAGUUUUCUUCUUUCCCAUCUCCCAAUAUCCCUGUCAUUCCCAGAGUAAUUUACACAUCCUGCAUGUGCACCUGUGUUUUUUGGACAAACUUCAAUUAAUGAUGAAAUCCUCCAUGUUGAAACCUGUUCUCAUUUUUCUCUUUUCCACAUCUCAAUAAGUAACCUUGCACAAUCAAUAUCUCAUAGGUCAAGUGUAUUGCUUAGGAUUCUUUGUAACAAAGACAUGCCUUUCAUUGUUGUUGCUGUUUGGUUGUUGCUUUAUUUUGGUGAUGUGAACAAAAGGUCUGUUUUAUAAAGUUUUGUUACCGCCCACUUUUUAGAAUAAUUUAUGAAGAAGAAUCCAAUAUAGCAAUUAAUAUUAUUAUCUGGAGUACUUUAAUCAGUAGAACACAAUCCAUUUUCUAAAAAGUAAAAUAAAUAAAUAAAUGUGCCUUUUACAUUCUAGUGUCUGUACCCCUGGUUGGUGAAAUUUGUCUCUUUUUAGAAUAAGAUGUUUAAAAAUUAGAAUUAUCGUACUUUACUACACUAGGAAUUGAGAAAGCAGUAUAACUAAUUUUGAAAGUCUAAUAAUCAAGCUGCAAGAGAAAAUGUAUCUGUUAACAAACGCUUAUUUUUUGAUGUUUGUGUGCCUUAUCAUGUGUCAGGUACCAUCAGGAUUCACCCAAACUUAGCACAAUGCUUUUGGUGUACAAAACAAAACCACAUAAAAUGUCAUAGCUUUUGAUGGCUUUUAAAUGAAACUUAGUUUCAGCCCAGUUUAAAGAUAUUACAGAACAUUAGGGAUUAAAUGCGAUAAGAUUUCCUGGCUUAUAUUAUGAAUGGUAUUAUGGAAGACAAUUACCACAUGUUCUUGAAAUCAUGUCUAUAAAUAUUUAAUAUCCAUUUAAAUUAUGUAUAGAAAAUUAUUUUUCAGAAACUAAAAAUUCCUCUCACCUGAGUAUACAUUUUACUUGUAUGGUUUUACCAUGUCUCUCUAGUAAACCACAGUUAAUAUUUUAAGCUAUAGUGGGAAAUAAAAACUAAGUAUUUUGUGAUUGUGAUAACUAUUUUUAUAUUAUGCUUAUAAUUCCCUAACAGUAGAUUUUCUUCUCCUAUUUUGUAACCUUAAUCCUGUGUAUUUGCACUUCUUUUGCAUGAUGUGUAUGGUCAGACUAAUGUCUUCAGCAUUUAGGGCUUAAUGGUUCUUUCCCUUCUCUAGGGUACAUUAAUGAGGCUUUCAAAUGUUAAGUGGCUUAGGGUCCUGUGCCUUCUAGGUAUACCACUGUCUUAACUGGCCACAUAUAAAAAUUAGAAUCCAGUAUCAAUUUUUUUAAUUUGUUAAAUUUACCAGUGUCCUCUAUCAUCUGAAAAUAAAUCAUACUUGUAUCCCUUUACUAUCUGGGAAAAAUAGGAUGUUGUUAAGCUUCAGCUAUGAAGGCGACGUUCAGUAAGUAAGAUUAUUUAAGAUUUCAGUGAUGCUAAACUAUAAUUUUGAAAAAUUUGAGGAAAAGGAACAAUAUGAAUUAAUGAAAAAAUUUAUCUAUUUGACUUAAUUCAAUAAAAUGAUUUUUAAAAGAAAGUAUGACAGAUGGUUUAACAACUAACCUGCAGCAUAGAUGUGGAGAAAAGUAUAGAAUUAAUAUAUCCAGUGAUAAUUUUUGAUAAAUAUUACAUCUUGCUUGUAAGAUCAGGUAUGUAAUUAUACCUGUGUUUCACUUUACCAAAAGAUUCACAUGAGAAUAAUAUUGAAUUCUGAUGUUUUUCUUUGUAUUUCACUAAACCAAAUAGAAUUGGUUUGCAAGCUACAAAUACGUAGUGUGAGUAUAUUUCUCAACAUAUUUUUCAUAUUUUUAUCUAUAUUUUUUGUUAUAUAAACAUAACCAGAUAUCUGGGUUUAAUUCUUGUAUUGAAUAUUCUGGAAUUGUAAAAUAUAAUUUAACACACAAUAUUUUAAAUAAUAUGAUUUCUUUAUGAUUUGACAUAUUUCUAAAUAUAUGUAAGAGUUAAUUUUGUAAUGAAUUUAUAGCUAAUAAAUAAUGACAAAAACUUA